CUUCCUCUCUCGGGGAGAAGCCGGGGUAGCGAAGCAGCGAGUUGGCCCAAAGACAGCGAAAAGGCUGUGGAGUGUAUGAAGCCCGCUGCUAACUUCAGGCUCGCUUCGCCCGAAUAAAGUCGCUUUUCGUGUCGUAACCAUGAGUACAUCAGAGACGCUGGAUCGAAUGGAACUCUGUGAAAGCCUACUGACAUGGAUCCAGACAUUUGGUGUGGAGGCUCCAUGCAAAACAGUCGAUGACCUGACCAGUGGCAUCGUCAUGGCCCAAGUACUGCAGAAAAUAGAUAUAGUGUACUUCAGUGACACUUGGAUUAGCAGAAUCAAACCAGAAGUGGGGGACAACUGGAGAUUAAAGAUCAGCAAUUUAAAGAAGAUCCUGAAAGGAAUCUUAGACUACAACCAGGAGAUCUUAGGUCAGCACAUAAAUGACUUCACACUACCAGACGUCAACCUUAUUGGAGAACACUCCGACGCAGCGGAACUAGGAAGGAUGCUCCAAUUAAUACUGGGCUGUGCAGUCAACUGUGAACAAAAACAAGAAUACAUCCAGACCAUCAUGAUGAUGGAGGAGUCGGGUCAGCAUGUUGUCAUGACAGCCAUCCAAGAGCUGAUGAGUAAAGAGACGCCAGUGACUGGUGGGAAUGAUUCAUAUGUAGAUCUAGACAGACAGCUGAAAAAAACUGUAGAGGAGUUGAACGAUGCUCUGUCUAACAAGGAGGAGAUCGCACAGAGGUGUCGAGAGCUGGACAUGCAGGUGGCAGCGCUGCAGGAGGAGAAGAGCAGUCUGCUCGCAGAGAACCAGGUCCUGAUGGAGAGACUGAACCAGUCGGACUCCAUUGAGGACAUAAACAGCCCAGCUGGACGCAGACACCUCCAGCUGCAGGCACAGCUGGAGCAGCUGCAGGAAGAAACCUUCAGGUUGGAGGCAGCGAAGGACGACUAUCGGAUCCGUUGUGAGGAGCUGGAAAAGGAGCUUAUAGACGUGAAGUCGCAGAAUGAAGAGCUUACGUCACUGGCAGAUGAGGCCCAGUCCCUCAAAGAUGAGAUGGAUGUCCUAAGGCAUUCAUCAGACAAAGUGUCCAAACUAGAGGGCACUGUGGAGCACUACAAGAAGAAACUGGAAGAUAUGGGACUUCUCAGGAGACAGAAUAAGCUGAUGGAGGAGAAGAACACAGUGUUGAUGCAGACCAACGUCAGCUUAGAAGAAGAGCUGCGAAAAGCUAACGCUACCAAGGGUCAGCUGGAAACGUACAAGAGACAGGUGGUGGAACUUCAGAACAGACUCUCAGAAGAGUCAAAGAAGGCCGACAAGAUGGAGUUUGAGUACAAACGCAUGAAGGAGAAGGUAGACUCUCUACAGAAAGAAAAAGACCGUAUGAGGACGGAGAGAGACUCCCUGAAGGAGACCAUCGAGGAGCUCCACUGUGUCCAGGCUCAGGAAGGACAGCUCACGUCAAGUCUCUUUCCAUUGGUCAGCAACAAUGGAUCAGAUUCACUGGCUGCUGAAAUCACCACCCCCGAGAUGAGAGAACAUUUGAUUCGUCUCCAGCACGAGAACAAGAUGCUGAAACUGGCCCAGGAGGGCUCAGACAACGAGAAGAUAGCUCUGCUGCAGAGUCUUCUGGAGGACGCCAACAGAAGGAAGAAUGAACUGGAAACUGAAAACAGAUUAAUCAAUCAGCGCUUGAUGGAGGAACAGAGUCAGAUAGAAGAGCUGCAGAAGAGUCUUCAAGAACAGGGCUCGAAAGCUGAUGACAAUUCCAGUCUGAAGAAGAAAUACGAGGAGCACAUUGAGAAAGUGCGAGAGUUGAACAAUGAGUUACUGAAGAAAAACACGCUCCUCGAUGAAAUGGAGCCUAAAUACAACACCAGCAUCCAACGGGUGGAGGAGUUGGAAGACGCCUUAAAGAAGAAAGACGACGACAUGAAACAAAUGGAGGAGAGAUACAAGAAGUACUUGGAAAAGGCCAAGAGUGUGAUUCGGACCCUGGAUCCCAAGCAGAACCAGGGUUCAGGUCCUGAAGUACAGGCCUUGAAAAACCAGCUGCAGGAGAAGGAAAGAAUGUUGCACACAUUGGAGAAAGAAAUGGACAAGACCAAGACCCAGAGGGACUAUGAGGAGAAACUAAUCGUGUCAGCUUGGUACAAUAUGGGUAUGACUAUGCAGAAGAAGGCGGCUGAAGAACGACUCGCCAACACCGGUUCCGGUCAGUCCUUCUUGGCCCGACAGAGACAAGCCACCAGCACACGGCGCUCCUACCCUGGACACGUCCAGCCAGCUACUGCAAGAUCCACGAGCAACGUCCAUGCAUGACGGUCACAGCAGUGAACCUGGCAGAGCCCGGUGUUUGGCCGAUGCACUCCAUGCAUGAACCGCCUGCUGUUUGCAUGACUUUGCAUUGACCAGAGCCAUCACUCGUGCAUGAGCACUAACAUCACUCUGCAGUGUCUGCAUGGUGACUUACGACCCCCGAGGACAGACGCUGGGGAGGAAAUGGACAAAAUACCCCCCCCUCCCAUUUUAACUUCUUUCCCAUCAUCCAACUCUGGUUAACACAUAUUUUCCCUUUGUUUCCAUUCAUUUCCUGACUUUCUUCCCACACUUCUGCUUGUGCUUCCACACUGCGCUGUCUGUCUGUUACUGUUAUCAUCACUGCGUCGUCUGUCUGUUACUGUUAUCGUUACUGCGUCGUCUGUCUGUUACUGUCCGCUCCUCUCUAACCGUCUGUUACAAACAGCAUGUGUCUGACAGGCUGCUUCACGAUACUUCAAUGAUGUAGUUUCUCCAAAUGUCCUGAAGUACAGAGAAACAUUUUAGAGGAGCUCUCUUCAGAUCAGUCUAGGUCACUAAAAAGGAGCCAGCUCCCCCUGCUGUUUCAAGUGUGUAUUUUCUUUAGGUUUUUUUUCUAGCUGCUCUCAUCAAAUGUCAAAAGUUAGAGGAAAAAAAAGAGCUUCAACCACAAGUAUUAGAGAGUACAAGUCCUGGACUUAAGCAGAGCUUACGGGGCAUUAGGGUAUUGCCCUUUAGGCUUUUGGACACUUUGCAGUAGGGACAUAGGAUGGAAACGUGUACAGUACGCUUUUUUAAUGAAUAACUAUGUUACAUUUGUUAAAGGACAGAAAAGCCCUCGUUAAACCCACUGUAAAUGUUUUUCUUGUUUGUGAUAUGACGUCAGUGUAGGAAACGUGGCUUGACAUGUGUUCUGUAUAUUUGACAGUGUUACUGAGUACUGUGUUGUUACUUAGCUAUGUAGUAUCAGCAUGGAUAUUUAUGCCGCAUUUAUUGCUGCGUACUUUAGAGUUUGACGCUAAUGUAAAAAUAAUGUCUUAUAAGUGAAAUCGAACAGACACACGUGGUAGGCCAGCCACUGUCAUCGUCAGAAUACAGUACAAAUAUAAAUAUAUCAUUUCAUUCUGUUAAUAAUCAUCUGUAAAUAUAUUACGCAUUUUGUAAAUUUUCGAUAGAUUCCGAGAAAAACAAUGAACAACAAUAAUUCUUAGACUUCCUUUUUCAACAUUCACUCAAUUUGUGUAAUAUCUGUGAUUGCAAAUUUGCAAUUAAGCCAAGAAAGUAAGGAAGACGGGAACUCUAAAGUCAGAAUCCAAAAUUUGAGUGUAAUAGAAAUGUGAAAAAUGUGAAAAUUAGAACUUUAAUAAAAUGUAAAAUAUAAUGUGCAAAAUUAUUAGAAAAGGAAUGUUUCACAUUUCUAAGACUCAAGAUUAUAAUUAAGAUAAAUAAUAAUUGAAAUCCAUUUUUCAUCACAAACUUCAAGUUUAGACUACAGUAGAAUAUUGUAUUUAUUUUCCAAAUUUACAUUCAUCAUUUUCACAUUCCCUGAUUUCUGAUCAGCUUUCAGUUUUAAUCUCACAGUUUUCAGAACAUGUUUAUAUUUGAUUUUUUUUUUUCAUUUUGGAGCCCUCCAAUUGAUUCGUUAUUUUAUUUUUAUUUUCAUUAGAAACAAAACAAAUUUUUGCUGACUUUUCUUCAAGUUUGAUGCAUAAAUUCAGGGCUCAUCACCUAUGGAAAAAUACAAGAAAUCCAUUAAACAUAACGAGUAUGGUGUUAAAGUACAACUCAGUUAAAUAUACUGUAUUUUGAUGAGGUUUUUGUAUAAGGUCGUGGUCAUAUUUACGUUUUUUUAUUCUGAGGUUCAGUCGACAAAAGGGAGACCAAGACCUUGUGAAUUUACACAUUGUGGGCAUACGUGCAUAUGUUUGUACAGUAAAUGUAAUAGGAAAGUGUUUCACGUUACGAUGGAGUGCCUUUGUUUUUAAAACAAAUCUGCUCUUUUAAUGAUCCCAGGUCUUUUUUUUAACAGAUAAAUGUGUUAUUUAACAAAGAAAAACAUCUGCAGUGAGCUGAGCCCACUUUUUAGUGAGUUCAUCAAUUGAACAAAGUUGGUUUAAUGAGGGCUUUCUCUGCUUUUCAACCAGUUUUUACUCAUAAGUGUUCAUGACUGUUACCUUUAAUCUCUGCGUCCUUUUUUAUGAUGAUUAUUUCAUUGCUUAUUGCUUUGUUAUUCUUGCUGCUGCGUUGACAGCAGGGUUGUUAAAUGUGUUUAUAUUAGUAUUAUUGUUGUUGUUGCAUAUCGCCUCUUAAUACUGUUAGGAUUUUUAAAAAAAUACAAAUUUGUUUUAUGCAAAGGAACACCAGGGGGCGAUAGAGGGUCUGUUUAGGGAAAAAAACAGGAGAAACAAAUGCAUUUUAUUUUCUCAUUUUCCUCUAAUUUUAAAGAAAAAAGAUUUCAUCAACAAUUUCUCUGGUUGAAAAGAAACCUAAAAAAGCACAUUAACAUGUUAAGUUACACAGUUUUGUGUUUACAGUGUUUUAAACAUCAGCAGCAAAGUCCAGAGCCUUGAGUUUUGCAGGAUGUUUUGGCAGUGUUGUUGGCGCAUGUGCAUUAAGUCACAGAAGUAUUUUUUUCAAUAAAUGAAACAUAGAUUUUUUUUUGGUCAGGAUAUGUUUUUCAGUACAGUCAGUUUGGAAGUGCGAUGUGGUGUUUAGGAUGUAAAACCAUUUGCCAUUAACGUUAGCAGCUUGGCCUGCGACUGCUCUGCACCGUUCAUCCUCACCUGCCAUUGGUUCUGUGUAGUCUGUGUAUACAGUAAUGGUGGACAUCUGCAGUGGUGUGGACUGUGGUUGAUUUAUCAGGGACGAUGACAACUGUUUUGGGUCGUUUAUAUCCUCUUGAAGUGAUAUCAUCUGUUUUUACCAUUGUCCACAAAUUAACCAUGUCUCAUUUGACUCUGGGUAAUGUUUGUUAUUAUAACCCCCAUCAUUUUUCCCCCAUAGUUUUUGUCAUGUACAGAGGAGGAUUAGGGAAUCUCUUAAAAUUCAGAGGAUCUGUCAAUCCUGAGGUCUGAGAAGAAGUAAACGUUGUUUCUAGGUGACAAGUUAGCUUCUAAAAAAAAAGAGAGAGAGAGAAAAGAAAGGUCUUGGUUUUCUAGAACUUUUUCCUCUACCCUUAAUCAAUUAAUUAAAAUUUCUCAAUUUUAGGAAUAAAUCCAAUAAUUUAUUUUUCAUAUUUAUGAAUAAAUCCUUUCUCAGUUCUCCCAAAAUUAAAGUUCGGAAUCUAAGGAAAACAUAAUUCUGACUCAGGAUUUUGACGUUCACUGGAUUAGUCAAUUCAGUGAUCAGUUGAGACAUUUUUAGAAAAGUCAGAAGUCUGUUUUUUCUUAGCGUUCAGGUUUUCUCAGAUAAUAAUUCUGUAAGGUCUUUGAUUGCUGAACUUUGACCUUGUUCCAAAAAUUUGGACCAGGCCCUCAGUUUUUAGCAGAAAAGAUAAAACCUACCUGUCAUAAUUCUGACUUCAUUGUUAAAAAACUGAAGAAGUCAGAAUUAUAGAAUUUUUCUGAGAUUAAAGUCUGAAUUUUGUGAUCAAAGUUUUCAAUAUGUGAAUAUUUUAUUUUCUGUAAUCUCAAAUUAUCUGAGAGGAAAAUGUCUCAACUUUGACGUUAUGUCUAAAAUUUCGGAGUAAAGCUCAUGUUGGAAUCGAGAAAAAAAAAGUUUUUCAAUUCAUGCUGCCAAAUUCUUUACUUAACAGAUGAACAGAUUUGGUCUUAAAUUAUUCAGACUAUCAUUUAAACCCAGUAUUAACCUGAAACCACAUGAAAUCAGGGGGUAGUUAAAUUGUUUUGAUGUUUAUGGUUUUAUUUUUAUUUUAACUCUUUGGUAAAACAGCUUUCUAUUUACUCACAGAAUAAAAAAAAACUAACCUUACAUUUGCCAACUUUUAUAUUGCUCUUAUACAGACAUACUUUGUACAUACUCUAUGUGACGGUGGUGAAGGAAGUGUGUACUGUUGAGGAUAAGAGAAAAUGACCCGUGUACAGGUCGGUCGGGUCAAAUCACUCCAAUACUGACCUCUUGAUGUGCUUCCUUUUACUGCAAAACGUGGAAAUGACAUUGUAAAUAAAGCUUGUAUAAAACAGAA